CGGACAUCAGACCCACCUUCGAUCGGGAGUUUGUUCUCUGUGGAUCGUCAACUUCACGGCUAGCUCAAGCUUCAUUGUUAGCAUGGGGGUUGUGCACAGCGGCAGAAAGGGGAGUGGAUCCAAUACGCGCACCAUUGUCAGCACUUCAGACGGCCAAGCGCGAGGUGCCCGCGGAAGUAAACACAGAGGAGGAGGAGCGCUUUGAUGGCCUGGUCCGGGAAUUCUUUGGUGCACCGGCAGCGAAUUGCAGCGUCAACGGUGGCGCCAUCCAAGUCCUGGUGAGGUGGUUCAGAGAACUUGGCAUCCCAUGGGUUCUCCACCUCGCUGACGGUGCAGCUGCAGGGGAGCUCGAGCGUACUUUUCCUUCUCAAGGACGUCCUUAUGCUGUGUCGCCAUGGAUCCGGGUUCUCACUAAAAUAAUGGGGACCAGCCAUUCUGCGAGGUUGCUCUUUCCUGAUCGUUCUUCCCAGCUUACAAGAUUUACCCAGGAAGCCAUUUCGAAAAUGCUCCCUUUUGUCGACGUUAUUGUUGCUACCAGUGAUGAAGCUUUUCUUAGCAAAUGGGAGGAUGCACCAUACAAGAAGCUCAAGACCUUGCUGAAUGUACGCGACGCUCUGUGCCAAGCCUUGUCAAAGAUCCAGUCGCCAUCCAUGCCGGAGACCUCUGAAGAAGUUCAAAGGAUACAGAGUGAGAUGGUGACCCUCUUGUCAGCAAAGGAGGGCAAGGUAGAUGAGGCCAUCUGGAACACAAUGGAGGAGAUUCGGAGACGUAUCCUGGAGCCGAUGGACCGUGGUAUCAACUCGUCGGGUACUCACACUCCGCGAGUAUCCCCGAUCAUUUACAACGUCACUCGGUCCGUAAUAAGCUAUGUCUUGUUCCUGCGGACCAAUUACUCGUCAGUGGCUCCAAUCCUAUACGAAGCAGCUAGUCUUGGUAAGAUUGUGACUGAGAUUGGCAACACAAACCCUUUGUCUAGUCUCGCAGUGGAGAUGAUCUCCUGUGUAGAAGAAAAGGUCGACAAGAAGUCGCAAUCGUUCCUGGACCAGAGCAUCAGAUUCCUAUUCUUGGCCAACAACUCAUACUUGAUACGGGAGCUGCUGCAUCACUCAAUUUCUGAGUCGGUUCCCGAAUCACAUAUGCAAGCACUCACCAACAAAGUCGAGGGCUGCAUACGGGAUUAUAUACAGGUAUCUUGGGCACCGUUAUUAUCUUGCUUGAACUACACUACACCUUCUCGCCUCGGGAGAGACUCCCCGCUUACCAAGUUCGAGAGAGAAUUUCAAAAAACAUACAAUACCCAAAAGCUGUGGCCGGUUCGAAACCCAGCGCUGAGGAGAAAGCUGCGGGAGGCUAUCGCUGAAAAAGUCAUUUCAGGCUUUACAAAAUACUUGGUGGAUAACAACAUCACCGCCCGGAAACGGAAAGUCACUCCCAAGAAGAUGGAGGAAAUGCUACAGGAGCUAUUCGAAGGGUGAGCAAGUUUCCGUGUGUGCGUGUAGGCAUGUAUGCUUCCAUAUGUGUUUUAGAGUUUCAUUUUGGUUUUGGAAUAAAUUGCGGCUGUUCUAAAGAGAAAGAAAGAAAGAAAGAAAAAAAAUCCAUUUUACGGCCUUCACUAUAGCUAAGUCUAGUUUUCAACCCUCAGGCCCAGUUCACGUUUUAACUCGGCUCGAAUGUGCAAGAAAGCGUGUUGAAAAUGCUCCCUUUUGUAGACGUCAUAGUUGCUACCACUGACGAAGCUUUUCUUAGCAAACUGGGUGGAUGCACCAUACGAGUACAAGAAGUUCAAGACUGCUGGAUGUGCACGAUGCUCUUUCCAAGGCCCUGUCAAACAUCCGGUUGCCAUCCCAUUCGACGCCUUCUGAAGAAGUUGAAAGGACACGGGGUGGUGAGACAGAUGGUCGCCCUCUUGUCGGAGCACAGGAAUGGCCUCCAUG